CCUUCCUCCCCCCCCCGCCCCGCCAGCGGGCCUCGGACCUACGCCGGCUGCAUCCGACCCGGAGGGGGGGCCGCGCCUAGCGUGAACCCCGACCCUUCUCCGCAGGGACUGGGGCCCAGCGCCCGGGAGGAAAGCGUCGCGGGUGCUCUGAGAGCCAAGUUCGAGGCGGGGGAGGCAGCCUCGGGCGCGCCCGGCUUCUCCGGGGGGGCGGGCGCGCAGAUGGCCACUCAGGUGGAGCCGCUGCUGCCGGGGGGCGCCCCGCUCUUGCAGGCCGAAGAGCACGGGGGGCUGGUAAGGAAGAAGUCGCCGCCGCCGCCACCCGAGGGCAAGGGCGAGCCUGGGGCGAACGACGUCGGAGGGGGGGAGCCGGACGGCGGCGCCCGGAGACCUCGGCAGCCCUGCGCCAAGCCACACAAGGAAGGCUCCGGGCAGCAGGAACGCGAGAGCCCGCGGCCGCCGCAGCCGCCCGGCGCCGAGGGCCUGGCGGUCAGCGACGGGGAGGAGGGCGGCGGCGGCGAGCCGGGCGCUGGCGGAGGAGUGACCGGAGCCGCGAGCGUCGGGCGCCGAGACUUCGUGGAGGCCCCUCCGCCCAAGGUGAACCCGUGGACUAAGAACGCGCUGCCGCCGGUCCUGGCCACCGUGAACGGGCAGUCACCUCCAGAACAUUCUGUUCCAGCCAAGGUGGUGAGGGCAGCAGUUCCUAAACAGCGCAAAGGCAGCAAGGUUGGUGACUUUGGAGAUGCAAUCAACUGGCCCACACCUGGAGAGAUAGCCCACAAGAGUGCGCAGCCACAGUCCCACAAACCUCAGCCUGCCCGCAAGCUGCCACCCAAAAAGGACAUGAAGGAACAGGAGAAAGAGGGGAGUGAUAGUAAGGAGAGCCCGAAAACCAAGUCGGAUGAAUCAGGGGAGGAGAAGAAUGGGGACGAGGAUUGCCAGCGAGCGGGGCAGAAGAAGAAAGGGAACAAACACAAAUGGGUUCCGCUACAAAUUGACAUGAAGCCUGAAGUGCCCAGAGAGAAGCUGGUCUCGCGCCCUGCUCGCCCACCAGAGCCACGACACACACCUGCCAGCCGUGGAGAGAUCAAAGGAUCUGAGCUUGCCACCUACAUGCCCGUGCCCAUGGCUCCCACCACCCAGGCCUGGCAACCAGAGACCAAACCAGAGCCCACCUGGCAUGACCAGGAUGAGACAUCGAGUGUGAAGAGUGAUGGGGCUGGUGGGGCACGGGCUUCCUUCCGUGGACGUGGACGGGGGCGUGGUCGCGGCCGGGGUCGCGGCCGGGGUGGCACUCGAACCCAUUUUGACUACCAGUUUGGCUACCGGAAGUUUGAUGGUACGGAGGGGCCUCGUACCCCCAAGUAUAUGAACAACAUCACCUACUACUUUGACAAUGUCAGCAGCACUGAGCUCUACAGUGUGGACCAGGAGCUGCUGAAAGACUACAUCAAGCGCCAGAUUGAAUACUACUUCAGCGUGGACAACUUAGAGCGAGACUUCUUCCUGCGACGGAAAAUGGAUGCUGACGGUUUCCUUCCCAUCACUCUUAUUGCUUCCUUCCACCGAGUGCAGGCCCUCACCACUGACAUUUCACUCAUUUUUGUGGCCCUAAAGGACAGCAAGGUGGUGGAGAUUGUUGAUGAGAAAAUCCGAAGGAGAGAGGAGCCAGAGAAAUGGCCUCUUCCUGGUCCUCCGAUAGUUGAUUAUUCCCAGACUGAUUUCUCCCAGCUUCUCAAUUGCCCUGAGUUUGUGCCCCGCCAGCACUAUCAGAAGGAGACAGAGUCGGCGCCUGGCUCUCCCCGUGCAGUCACCCCAGUGCCAACCAAAACAGAGGAGGUCAGCAACCUAAAGACCCUGCCCAAGGGGCUGUCUGCCAGCCUGCCUGACCUGGAUUCUGAGAACUGGAUUGAAGUGAAGAAGAGGCCUCGGCCUUCCCCAGCACGACCCAAGAAGUCUGAGGAGCCCAGGUUCCUCCACCCAACCUCUCUGCCUCAGCAGCUGCCUUCUCAGCAGCUGAUGCCCAAGGAUCAGGACGAGCAAGAGGAACUGGACUUCCUGUUUGAUGAGGAGAUGGAGCAGAUGGAUGGGCGGAAGAACACCUUCACCGCCUGGUCUGACGAGGACUCCGACUAUGAGAUUGAUGACCGGGAUGUCAACAAGAUCCUCAUUGUCACCCAGACACCACCUUACAUGCGCCGGCACCCGGGGGGGGACCGCACAGGCAACCACACCUCACGGGCCAAGAUGAGUGCUGAGCUAGCCAAGGUCAUUAAUGAUGGGCUCUUCUAUUAUGAGCAGGACCUGUGGACUGAGAAGUUCGAACCUGAGUAUUCCCAGAUCAAGCAAGAAGUUGAGAACUUCAAGAAAGUCAACAUGAUCAGCCGGGAGCAGUUUGACACACUAACCCCUGAGCCCCCUGUAGAUCCCAACCAGGAGGUCCCUCCUGGACCACCCCGCUUCCAGCAAGUUCCCACUGACGCCCUGGCCAACAAGUUGUUUGGUGCUCCCGAGCCUUCCACCAUUGCCCGCUCUCUACCAACCACUGUCCCAGAGUCGCCAAACUACCGCAAUGCCAGGACCCCCCGCACUCCCCGGACACCUCAGCUCAAAGACUCAAGCCAGACAUCACGGUUUUACCCAGUGGUGAAGGAAGGGCGGACCCUAGAUGCCAAGAUGCCUCGGAAGAGAAAGACAAGACACAGCUCAAACCCACCCUUGGAGAGUCACGUGGGCUGGGUGAUGGACUCCCGAGAGCACAGACCUCGGACUGCUUCCAUCAGCUCCAGCCCCUCUGAAGGGACACCUGCGGUUGGCAGCUAUGGCUGUACCCCUCAGUCACUGCCCAAAUUCCAGCAUCCUUCCCAUGAGCUGCUCAAGGAAAACGGCUUCACACAACACGUCUACCACAAGUACCGUAGGCGCUGCCUUAAUGAGCGGAAACGCUUGGGCAUCGGCCAAUCUCAGGAGAUGAACACUCUCUUCCGCUUCUGGUCCUUCUUCCUCCGAGAUCACUUCAACAAAAAAAUGUAUGAAGAGUUCAAGCAGCUGGCUUUGGAGGAUGCCAAAGAAGGCUACAGAUAUGGUUUGGAGUGCCUUUUUCGAUACUACAGUUAUGGCCUGGAAAAGAAGUUCCGGCUGGACAUAUUCAAGGAUUUUCAGGAGGAAACCGUGAAGGACUAUGAAGCCGGCCAACUCUAUGGGCUGGAGAAGUUCUGGGCCUUCUUGAAAUAUUCCAAAGCCAAAAACUUGGACAUUGACCCCAAACUUCAAGAAUACCUCGGCAAAUUCCGACGUCUCGAAGACUUCCGAGUGGAUCCCCCCAUGGGUGAGGAGGGCAAUCACAAGCGACAUCCUGUGGCAGCAGGAGGUGGCAGCAGUGAGGGCAGGAAGCGAUGUCCCUCCCAGUCUUCCAGCAGGCCGGCCACCAUGAUCAGCCAACCCCCCACACCACCCACUGGACAGCACCUCCGGGAAGAUGCCAAAUGGACAAGCCAGCACUCGGACGUACAGACUUUGGGAAAGUGAAAAGCCCCUUUAGCCCUGGGGUUUUGGGGUGGGGAGGGGAUGGAAGGAUGGGCGAGAGUCCGUAGGGGUGCCCAGUCCCAGGAGAGGGGACAGAGAAGGGACAGGCCUAGAGUCAUUAGGAUGGGCCUUUGUGCUGAGUAGUAAUGUGUGCAUCAUUUGGGCUAUCAGAGGUGCCCCUGGGCAGGAGCCUCCACACACCCUCUUCCCCCUCCUCUCUCCAUGACUCUUCACAUCCUAGCUUCUUCUAAGGGGGGGAGGGGUGGGGGGAGAUUUUUUAUAUAUAUAUAUAUAUAUAUAUAUAUCAAGUUUUAAAUUAUUGAUAGUUCGUCUGGAUUACCAAAAUCACUCUGCAGCCCUGCCCGCGGCUGGUAGGCCACAUCCCUGGUCCUCACCCACAGCCUCCUGCGCCCCCUCCAGCCAACUAUGCAGCCCACAGAAGGCCCUGUGGGCCCCACCCCCCCCAGCACUGUCCCAUGCAAGGCUCUGGCAGCGCCCCUGGGCCCACAAGCACCAACCCCUUGACCAUCUGGGGCUUGCUGUCACGUUCUCUCCCUGCUGUCCCACCAUGCCCUUCUGCCAUUUUCUGGGAGAAGGAAACCAAAGGAUCUAAAAGUGGGGUGGGGGAAGGUUUCAGCCUAUCCCCAUCCUCCUCUCCCCAUACCCCUUACUUCUCAGCCCAGAGACGCUGCUCAUACCAGAAAAGACUAUUGAAAGAUGAUUUAUUUUAUUUUUCUCUGACAUUUCCAUCCUUGGGAAAAUGGGCGGGUGGUGGCAGGGGAAAAAAAUCGACCAUAAAAACCAAAAAAAAAAAAAAAAAAAAUCAGAAAACCCCACCUAAUCCACAGAAAGUGAUGUCUUUCCCCUACCCUUGGAAUUUUUUUUGUUUUGCUCUUCGAAAUAAUAUUUUUUUAAAAGUUGCCUUAUUGUGGAGCGGGAAUCUGAAAUACCCAAAUGCCUGUUUUCCUUGGAGUCAACUCAAAGAGUUCCCGCCUUCUCUGGAUGUGCCUGGGCUGGACUGGCUAGAAUCUUCCUCUGGACUGAGUUGCAUGUACAGUGCCUCCUGCCAUUCGGCAAGAGAGUCGGGGGCGGCUCGCCUCAGAGCUGUGCCCAAAACACCCCUGCUGUUGCGGCGACUGGAGCCGACGUCCUGUGUCCGUGCACUGCUGCCGCUGUCAUGUCCUUGCUCUGCUUGCUGUUUCUUCACGCCAGGCCCCAUCCUGCCGUGACACUCUUCUUCCUGCUCUUGGAAUCCCCAGGCCAAAUUUGCUUCAGACUGUUGGAGAAGAGUGUUGGCCUGGAUUUGGAACAUACUUGUCCUCAGCUUGACCGUCUCCCCAGCCUCAGGGGAAAGGUGAACACCUGGCAGCUGAGACUUGAAAAUGUUUCUUGCGUUGCCCUGAAAGAUCUCUGAGACCUCAAGGAGGCUUUGUCUCACAAAAGGUGGAGAAAGAUGCCAUUCUCCUCCUUCGAGCCUGGUGGGGUCUUCCCCUCUUGCAUCCCCCUCUGCAGGCCAUCUCUGCCCACCCUCUAAUGACCCCACCUGGGAACGAGGGGUGAGGAAGAUUUGGGGGCUGGGGGAUACUACCAGUUGGAGGAGCCCCACAUCAGGAAGGUUUAUAUAUGCCUGACCUCUCUUCUCCAGCCGCAGACUGACUCGGUUGGGCUGUGACUGACUGGAAUGGCUGGAGUCUGCUACAUUGGAGCUCGGGAGGGUGAUGAAGGACUGACCCACACAGACGGCUGUGUGUCGGGGCUGGGCGUGGUGACAUGUCUACCCACAGUGGAGACCUGUCAGCAUGGAGAAGUUCAUGAUAGUGUUGCUCAACCGCUGACAUUUCCUUCGCCCUCUUUCAGUUGCUUCCUCUGUCGAGUCCAAAGGUUGGGAGUAGGAGACAGUAGCCCAGGCUGGCAAGGGCUCGCCCUCUGCCUUGGGCACCUCACUGCUUGUGGCCUGUGCCCUCCCCCAUCUGUGCCCUCCUGGUGGUCGGUGUGGAAAGUCCAUCUCAGGUCCUGUGACCUGGUGUCUGAAUGCUGAGGAUGAAUGUCUCGUCUCUGCUCUGACAAAGAGAUCUGAGGUCUUUUCUGUGCCCUGUCUGGUGCCAGCCCCACAUUGUACCAGACACUGGACGCUGUGCCCCGUCUCCUUUACCUUUAUCCCCUUGCCUUUGGGUCGCUCAGCCCUAUACUGUAUCCAGCACCACAGAAACCUCAGUGUUUGUCCUUUGCUGGGUUUGGGGGCAUGAGGAAGCCUUGGUGGGUAUUGGGAAAUUCUGUUCUUGUCUAGGGUGUACUCCCAGGCCAGGGGGCAGCCAUCCUCUUCCUGAUCCUCCCCACAGACACCCCAGAAAGAGGAAGCUCCUUUGGGAUGGGGAGGUGAGGACUUCAUCUCAACACAGGCUGAGGAUGAGGGUUUGGAGUGGGGGAGCUUUUUUUCUUGAUUAUUUUUUUUGUGUGUGUAACAUGUUAGGAGUUAAUGUUGCAAAGAGUAGUUUACAUCUUCACUUUCUGAAGACACUUGAAUUUAGGACCGAUGUAUCUGUGACAGGCAAGCCAGGAGUGGCAGGAGCCAUUAGGGCUUGCCACUUCACACCCACCAUCCUUCCAUGGGGAUCCAAGAUCUGAGACACGGCCACAGCCUGCCCAAACCCUUCUGUUCACCCUGUGCCCUUCCAGGAGUGGUCCAUGCCCAUGUGACCUUUGGGCAUCGAACAUCAGGUCUGUGUGCCUCAAUCCUGCUAAGGGGCAGGUUUGUCUUUUGCCCCCUGAACCUGGGAGCAAAUGCACUAUCAGUAGGGAGGGACUGCAUGGCUGCCCCACCCUGGACCCCUGGGGCUCAGAUCCCUGUGCUGAGCUCCCAUGUCAAAGUUGUUGUCUUUGUUUUGUUUCAUUGUAGCUCUUUUUUCCCCCUUUAAUGAUGAUUUACAAAAGAAAGCUGUUCAGCAGAAGGCCCUGGAAGUGGGGAGGAGGAAGGGGCAAGGAAGACGACUAGCUAGAGAGGGUGGGUGUGGUUUUCUGCCAGAAGCCUGAGCAGAAUGGUCUGGAUCAUCUGGUACCCUGAAGUAUCUCCUGUGUGGAAGGGUCCCUGAAUUUGCCCCAGCCCUCACCCUCUCCUUCAGCCACGCUGAUGGCAGAGGCAGAGAAGAUGAGAACUUACAGCCCAUUUCUCACUGGAGAGGAAAACUUGUCAUCUGGCUUUGCGGAGAAGGUUCCACCUUAUGCUCAUAGUACAUUAUCUUUACCAUGUGCUAGGAUAUCACACUUAAAAGGACAAAAAAAAUGUAAAAUACUUGAAUGAGCUUGUAUUAUAACAUUAAUAUUAUUGAGAGUAUCUGCUUUCCAGGCUGAAGUGAUUCAUUCAUUAUUCUAGUCCUGCUUUAGUCCUUUGUAAUUUGUGGUAAUUAUGCUUUUCUUUUUAAUACAAAAAAAAUGUAUAAAAAUAAAAACUUGAAAAGGCAA